GGCACUUGAUUGGUUGGCGGCGCGCGCGGACGUAAGAGAGGCCGCGGUUGAUUCGUUGGCGGCGCGCGGAGAUCUGAGCGAGAUUGAGAGAGGGGGAAAGAGAGACCGCGGUUGAUUGGUUGGCGGCGUGCGCGGACCUGAGAGAGACGUUGUUCGAUUGGUUGGCGGCGCGAGCCUGAGGGAAAGAAGGAAGGGAAGAGAGGCGCGAGCGCUGGCGGUUAGUUGGUUGGUUGCGCGCGCACCCAGAAGGCGAGAGCGAGCCGAAGCGCGGGAGAGAGCGAGAGAGAGCCAUGGCAGGAGCUCAGUGACUGACUGACUGACAAUAGGAGCCUCGGAACGAAGGAGGAGGAGAAGAACGCCCGAGAAGGAAGGAAGGAAGGAAGGCCGCACUCGACGCCGCCUCAGCCGCCAAACCCGCCGCCGCCUCCUCCUCCUCCUCCUCCUCCUCCCCGUGGCCUCUGCUCGGGCCUGUGUCUGCGGCGCCCCUCCUUCCCGAGGCCGGCUCUCCGGGAGAAGAAGAAGGAGGCGAAGGGAAGGACUCGGAGGAGGCGGCGGCGGCGGCGGCGGAAGGAGGAGGAGGAGGAGGCGGCGGCCUCUCGGUGGUCGUUCGGGGCGAGGGAGGCUGUUGUAUGGGACCGGGCGGGAGAAGGAGAGACAGAGGAGGCCUCCGCCGCUGCUCCUGACGCCGACGAGGCCUAGCAGGCGGCGGGUGCUGCUCCUGCUGCGGCGGGGACCGCGGGGAAGGCGAAGCCAGGGCCCUUGCACCGAGACACAGCCUCCGCCUCCGCCGGCGCCUCCAGGGAUCCUCGCCUCCCUGCUGCUUUUCUCUCCUCUUGUCUCUGGAUUCUCUACCAGGAAGGUCCAAGUAGGGAUAUGUCCUCAGCACCAACCACACCUCCAUCAGUGGAUAAAGUAGACGGAUUUUCUCGGAAGUCCGUCAGAAAAGCCAGGCAGAAGAGGUCGCAAAGUUCCUCCCAGUUUCGGUCUCAGGGCAAGCCUAUAGAGUUAACUCCACUGCCUCUGCUAAAAGACGUUUCAUCUUCAGAGCAACCUGAGUUGUUCCUAAAGAAACUUCAGCAGUGCUGUGUCAUUUUUGACUUCAUGGACACACUUUCAGACCUUAAAAUGAAAGAAUACAAGCGCUCAACUCUUAAUGAACUUGUGGAUUACAUUACAAUAAGCAGAGGCUGUUUGACUGAACAGACUUACCCUGAAGUAGUUAGAAUGGUUUCUUGCAAUAUAUUCCGAACGCUUCCUCCUAGUGAUAGCAAUGAGUUUGAUCCAGAGGAAGAUGAACCCACCCUUGAGGCAUCGUGGCCACAUUUGCAGCUUGUAUAUGAGUUUUUCAUACGAUUUUUGGAAAGCCAAGAAUUCCAGCCCAGCAUCGCCAAAAAGUACAUAGAUCAGAAAUUUGUAUUACAGCUCUUGGAGUUAUUUGACAGUGAAGAUCCUCGAGAGCGGGACUACCUAAAAACAGUUUUACACAGAAUUUAUGGCAAGUUCCUUGGUCUUAGAGCAUUUAUCAGAAAACAGAUUAACAAUAUUUUUCUACGGUUUGUUUAUGAAACUGAGCACUUCAAUGGUGUAGCUGAACUGCUGGAAAUAUUAGGAAGUAUUAUCAAUGGCUUUGCUUUACCUCUUAAAGCAGAGCACAAACAAUUUUUGGUGAAAGUGCUGAUCCCGCUACAUACUGUUAGGAGCCUAUCGCUCUUCCAUGCACAGUUGGCAUAUUGCAUAGUGCAGUUUCUGGAGAAAGACCCUUCACUCACAGAGCCUGUCAUUAGAGGUUUAAUGAAGUUCUGGCCGAAAACGUGCAGUCAGAAAGAGGUCAUGUUCCUUGGGGAGCUAGAAGAGAUAUUAGAUGUGAUUGAACCUUCACAAUUCGUCAAAAUUCAAGAACCCUUGUUUAAACAAAUAGCUAAGUGUGUCUCUAGUCCUCAUUUUCAGGUGGCUGAGAGAGCAUUAUACUAUUGGAAUAAUGAAUACAUCAUGAGUUUGAUAGAGGAAAAUUCCAAUGUAAUACUUCCCAUCAUGUUUUCCAGUCUGUACAGGAUUUCUAAAGAACACUGGAAUCCGGCUAUUGUGGCUUUAGUAUACAACGUGUUGAAGGCAUUUAUGGAAAUGAACAGCGCCAUGUUUGAUGAGCUGACAGCCACUUACAAGUCAGAUCGCCAGCGCUUGUCCAAAGCAGCAGGUGAAACUAAUGAGGAAACUUCGGGAACUCCGGGCAGUUUGCGACUUGGUGAAAGUCGUGUCUUUUGUGAGACUCGGGGUUCCCACAAGCAAAGCGAAGGGUACUGUAUGUCAUCAAGCCUUGUUAGUGAGAAGAAAAAAGAGAAGGAACGUGAAGAACUAUGGAAGAAACUGGAGGAUUUGGAAUUAAAGAGAGGUCUUAGACGUGAUGGAAUAAUCCCAACUUAACAAAAAGAAACAAAGCAGCAUUAAUUAACCUGUGGAGUCACACAUGUAUGUAGUAGAAGAUGGAGCAACAGUUUUCUGUAUUGUGCAACUUUACAGUAGAUUUCACAUUUGUUUCAUUAUUACAACAGCACUGUAUAUAUCUGUCUCUAAGUAAAGGAAAAAAAAUAAAAUAAGGACUUCAAUCCAAAGUUUGGACAACGGAUGGACUUCUCAGAACUUUGCAAAAAUAAUCAUUGUUUUAACCCUUCUUUAAAACCAGUCUUCAAAAGAUCUGUUGAUGAAAAUUGCUAUGUCCAAAUUCCAUUGUCAGGACCUGUUCCUUAUUUAUCAUUAGCAGAGAGUGAUACAACUUCAAAUGUGAACAAUCUUAAAUUUAGCUUGUCUUUCUGCUAAAUUGUUAAAUGUAUUUAUAGUAAAAGAGAGAAAAAAAGUGUCAUUUUCUUAUGAGUUUGUGUAACAUCUUUUUCCUCUGGAUAACUGAUGUAAUUUGACUUUGGGUUUCCCCCCUCCUUUUUUGCACAUCUUCAUGAGUUGAAUGUUUCUACAGAUCAGGGCCAUGCAAGAGUGAAACAAACAAACAAAAAAAAAGGUCCUUAACGCUAAGAGUUUGUUCUGAUAUAAGCAGCUUUUGAGUACCAGAGUUGCUUUGGUGCUCCUUCAGUGUGAACAUUAUGAGUAAAUAUAAGGUGGUUAUCAAUGGAAUUGGGAAGUGUGUUCUGGGUUUGUCAGUGAAUCAAUUGUGAAUCCAAGCUCAUUUCACCAGUCCUUGCUAAAGCAUGCAUUGGCAACAACGCAGACUUUGGUAUCUGACCAGUAUUAGUUUUACACCAUUGAUAACAAGGCCAGACUUGUGUUAGUUAUACUGAGGCUAAGUUAUUGUAUCACUACCUUUUCCUUAGGCCAUUGGAAUUAUAUAUAUUAAAAAACCAACUAUGAAAUUGGUCUCAUAUGGUCAUCAUGGAUCUUGUGUGGGGUGGGGUGGGGGGAACCAAGCAAGCAGUUUGGAUUGUUUGAAGUUAUUGCCUUAUCUUUCUAAAUACGUAUUUAUUAUUAGACAUUCCAGCCAUAAGGAAGAAAAAGAAAAGAUGUUGACUAUAAGGAAAAGAGAUUCUGUGGUGUAUUUCAAUCUAUAAUGCUAUUUCUCAUCAUAGCAACAUCUUUUUUUUUUUUGAGCUGGAAUGGAUUCUGGAUAACAUACUUCAGCAUUCUGAACCUGGGUGGUCAUUCCCAAUUACUGUAUUUGUUACCAAAAGUGGUUCUCAAAAUGCUACUGAAAAGAAUAUGAAUAUUCCAAUUCUGGCAAUCCUAAUGUCCUGAGUAUUAACAAUAAAAUUUAAACUGAUUUUAUAUCAAA